UGCUAACAAUGGCUAAUUGUAUGGUUUUUCACACUGAAAUAGCCUCCAUCAUGGAGGUGCUAGCGAAUGCAGCCGUGGCAGACAUCUGUAAACUCGUAGACGACGACUAUGCAGUGUUUCGUUUGGAAAUAACUCAAAGCCAGAAAGAAAACAGGACAUUGCGGAGGAAACUACAGCUAUUGGAACUAAAGGUAGCACGGGAGCGCAUCCUUCCCAGUAGUGUCAAGAUCCUCGACCGAUACAGAGGAAUGGCAAGAGGUGAAGGACAUCUCACUGGAGGCUACAGGAGUUUUGUGAAGCCAGCAGGACACAAAACAUGGAGUGAUGACCAACCAAUCACUGUUGAUGAGGGGAGUGGAACCUCAACCCAGCACAUUAUAGUGAUCGAGUCUGCAGAGGCUGCAGGUCCUGGGGUCAAGCUGGAGAGGUCUGAAGGAGAUGGGGACCCACGGCAAAGCAGAGACAUCCAGCCUGGAGCAGCUGGAGCGCCCCCUGUAGCCACAGAGGACCCCACCACCGCCCCAGCGUCCCCCAGGACCCGAUGCAGCAUCAUGGAGGAGGAGGAGGAUCCAGAGGUGCUGCUGGUGAAGGAGGAGGGGUUUGAGGAGGGUCUGCGGAACCUUAAGGGGACCAUGGGCAUUGGAGGACAACCAGACUACACCUCCUCCUGAACCCACAGAGUAUAGGACCACACAGAAUCACUGAGUAAGUAGACAUGGAGGAUGGGAAGCCUGAUCUGCUGCUGGUCAAAGAGGAGACAAUAGAAGAUGGACCAGAGAGCAUUGACCUGUUGAGUGGACUAAAGAUGAGGGAGCAAGGUGGUUGGCUGGAGGCUAACAGAGGAGACUGGGCUGCCAUCUUGGAUUCCCAGACCCAAGAGCUUGGGGGACGACCGAGCAGGCCAGGACCAGAGGCGGCAUAGUGGAAGUCAGUGGAUUCGAUAUCAUCUUCAACUCUGGGCUGGGGAACAACAUUAUUAACCACACUGUUAACCGCAACCAGAAACAGACAGUCGAACACAAAACAACAACCGAACUUAGUCUCCAUGACAAGACUGGCUGAGACCAGGGCGAGACGAAUAUUUGGUUUCCAUGGAUGGGGAGGUGUCCGUAAGACAACAGGCACAGUCUCGGCUAGCGAUGCUCCGUCCUGCUCCUAUAGUUGUGAUUCCGAGAGACUAAUGGCGCCUCAGGUUAACCCCCUAACAGAUGCUGCCUUCAGCCUGCCUUCUAUAGGAUCUAUCAACUGGAACAUGGACCCUGUGACAACACA